GGCAACACGUUAUAUUUAUUGGCCACAUAUUUUUUAAAGAAAAAAGAACGGGCCUUUUCUUUUGAGGCGCAACAUGGCUGGAGAUCAAGCGCAAUUUUACCAGUUAUUAAAUACAUUACUCUCUACAGAUAAUGACAUUCGAUCCCAAGCAGAGGAAGCAUACAACAAUAUCGCAACUGAGACAAAAGUAGUGUAUUUGGUGGGCGCUAUACAAAAUGGCGAUGUCAGUGAAGAAGGCCGCCAAACCGCAGCCGUGUUGCUGCGGCGACUCUUCAGCGCAGACUUCUUUGACUUCUUCCCGAAGCUGCCAUUUGAACAGCAAAAGCUGCUCAGAGAACAACUCCUUCUCACUAUACAAAUGGAUCUCAGCCAACAGUUACGCCGAAAAAUAUGUGAUGUAGUGUCUGAAUUGGCCAGAAGCCAUCUUGACGAUGAUGGGGCAAACCAAUGGCCUGAAUUCCUACAGUUUAUGUUCACAUGUGCUAAUGCACAAGACUCUAACAUGAAAGAGGCGGGCAUUCGAAUGUUCACUUCAGUGCCUGGAGUAUUUGGAAAUCUACAAAACCAAAAUUUGGAUGCCAUCAAGAGGAUGCUAUUCACGGCAUUGCAGCCCACUGAGACAGAGGCUCUCAGGGUGCAGGCUGUGAAAGCUGUUGGUGCCUUUAUCUUGUUGCAUGACAAAGAACCUGCAAUUCAAAAACAUUUAAGUGAUUUACUCGAUCCAAUGAUGCAGGUUGUCGUCCAAUCAAUGGAGAAAGCUGAUGAUGAUUCAGCAUUGAAAGUGUUGAUUGAGCUGGCAGAGUCUGCACCAAAAUUUCUACGACCACAACUCGAAAACAUUUCUCAAGUGGCCAUAAAGAUGGUUGGAGACAAAGAUCAAGAAGAUACAUGGAGGCAGCUUGCUCUAGAAGUGAUGGUAACCCUGUGCGAGACGGCGCCGGCGAUGGUGCGCAAGCAGGUGCCGAUGGCGGUGCGCAUGCUCACGCCGCUCGUGCUGGAGAUGAUGUGCGAGAUCGAGGAUGAGCCCGAGUGGGCCAUGGAGGAUGAAGUCGCUGACGACGACAAUGAGAACAACAACGUAGUAGCCGAAUCGGCACUAGAUCGCAUGUGUUGCGGUCUCGGCGGUAAGAUAAUGCUUGGGCUAAUUGUGAGCGCGGUGCCCGUGAUGCUGCAGUCCGAGGACUGGCGACGGCGCCACGCGGCGCUCAUGGCGGUCUCCUCCGCCGGCGAAGGUUGUCACAAGCAAAUGGAACAGAUGCUGGACCAAGUUGUAUCUGCAGUACUCAACUACCUGGCCGAUCCUCAUCCUCGCGUACGUUACGCUGCUUGUAAUGCUGUGGGGCAGAUGUCAACGGACUUUGCGCCAGUGUUUGAGAAGAAAUUCCAUGACAAAGUGGUUCCUGGACUAUUCCCAGUGCUCGACGACAAUGCAAACCCGCGUGUACAGGCUCAUGCUGCUGCUGCUUUGGUUAACUUCAGUGAAGAUUGCCCAAAACCUAUUUUAACUCUGUAUUUGGAUCCAUUGAUGCACAAGUUGGAGGCAAUUUUAACUGCUAAAUUUAAAGAGUUGAUUGAACACGGCAGAAAACUCGUGCUUGAACAAAUUGUGACUACAAUUGCCUCUAUUGCUGACACAGUAGAGAAAGAUUUCGUGCCGUAUUAUGACCGUUUCAUGCCGUGCCUUAAAUAUAUUAUCGCUAAUGCGACCACUGCAGAGCUGAAGAUGCUUCGAGGAAAAACCAUUGAAUGUGUUAGUCUUAUUGGUUUGGCUGUAGGUGAAGAAAAGUUCUUAGCGGAUGCUUCUGAUGUAAUGGAUCUCCUUCUGAAGACCCACACUGAAGGCGAGCAGCUGCCUGCUGAUGACCCACAGACCUCAUUCCUUAUUUCAGCUUGGUCACGCAUUUGCAGAAUUAUGGGCAAGAACUUCGCCCAGUACCUGCCCAUGGUGAUGGAACCAGUGAUGCGCACGGCGGCCAUGAAGCCGGAGGUGGCGCUACUCGACAACGACGACCUCGAGACCAUCGAGGGCAACCUAGACUGGCACUUCAUCUCCCUUGGGGAGCAGCAAAACUUUGGCAUCAAAACUGCAGGGCUUGAAGAUAAAGCCUCCGCGUGCGACAUGCUCGUGUGUUACGCUCGCGAGCUGAAGGAAGCGUUUGCCGAGUACGCCGAGGACGUCGUCAAACUAAUGGUGCCGAUGUUGAAGUUCUACUUCCAUGACGGAGUGCGCACGGCGGCCGCCGAAUCUUUGCCCUACUUGCUGGAGUGCGCGCGCAUCAGGGGACAUCAGUAUAUAGAGGGCAUGUGGGCUUACAUUCUGCCAGAACUGCUUAAGGCUAUUGAUUCUGAACCAGAGCAAGAAGUACAAGUCGAACUUCUUAACAGCUUGGCCAAGUGCAUAGAACUGUUGGGUACUGGUUGUCUUGGUGAAGACACAAUGGCAGAAGUGCUUCGCAUCCUCAAUAAAUUGUUAACCGAGCAUUUUGAGCGCGCCACAGAACGUAGACAAAAGCGUGCGGACGAAGAUUAUGACGAGGUGGUAGAAGAGCAACUAGCCGACGAGGACAACGAGGAUGUAUACGGGCUGUCACGCGUGGCCGACGUCCUGCACGCGUUGCUCUCCGCGUACCGCGAGGGAUUCUUCCCGCACCUAGACACACUCCUGCCGCACCUGGUGGGGCUCAUGGCGCCCGGCCGCCCGUACUCCGACCGCCAAUGGGCUAUUUGUAUAUUCGAUGACGUCAUCGAGUUCGGAGGUCCAGCAUGUGUGAAGUACCAAGACAUUUUUCUCGAGCCGAUGCUUAAUGGUCUCUGCUCUGCGGAGGCGGAAGUACGGCAAGCGGCGGCAUACGGUUGCGGGGUGCUAGCGCAGUUUGGUGGCCCACAGUUCGCAGACGCGUGUGCUCGGGCAGUACCGCAACUCGCAGCUAUUGUCGCCGAGCCCGACGCCCGCUCUGUUGAAAAAGUUAACGCAACCGAAAACGCUAUAUCUGCGGUCACCAAAAUAAUCAAAUACAAUCAUUCUAAAAUUAACAGGGAUGAAAUUAUCAGGCAUUGGUUAACAUGGCUGCCAGUUGUAGAGGACACGGAGGAAGCGCCGCACGUGUACUCGCUGCUGUGCGAGCUGGCCGCCAGCGGGCACCCGGCGCUGGAAGCGCCCGACGCGCCGCAGCGGGUCAUCGCUCUGCUAGCCGAGGCCUUCUUACGGGACGCCGUGCCCGAUGACAACCCUGUUUAUGCGCAAAUGGUUGCCCUACUAAGGCAAAUUCAGAGCAAUGCUGAACUGUUCAACUCGUGCCUGGUGCAGCUGAGCAAUGAGCACAAGGAGGCGUUGCAGAUGGCACUGUCGCACGUCGCCUAGUACCCCUCCGUUUCACUGUUCCUACACCUAGAUUUGUUAUGCCACGGAUAUGGGCUUUCAUAAGUACCUUUACGUUUUGGUAGACUAGCUGUGUCCGCUGCACCGCCCGGUUGGGGAUUGGUCUGAGUCAAAGCCGGAUGGAGUUUCCCUCUGGUCUGGGUGGAAUUACAAAAAUAAUGUAGCCUUAGACCACCCUAGGACAUAAUCUUGCUAUGCGAUACUUUUCAUCAAAUAUGUAUUUUUUUUUAUUUGACAACGAGGUAUAAAUCGAAAACCGAUGUACAAAGCCCUUAUUCGUGCCAGACGUCUAGGUAUGUACCUAUGACUCAUCACCGCGAUCCUCUACCGCUCACUACUCGUUUAUUUUUUUGUAGAGCACUCCGCCUUAUCGUCAUUUUCCGUAGCCUGUAACGCUGCCUUUAUGUCUGCCUUUUAUCAUUUAAACGUGUCAUAUCAUAUCAUAUGGUUCCUUGCAUUAAUCUGUUGCAAAUAUUGUUUUAGUAAAUAUGUUAAACUACAAAGACGAUAAAACUUAUCUAGAAUAUUAUAGGAAAUGUUUAUACCUAUUUAUCACUGGAAGAUUUUCUUCGAUCUCUCAUUAAAAAAAAUGGGCUGACAAAUAAAUUACUGUGAUAUACUUUUAUAUAAACGUUUAAUUUCGAUUUGCAGCCAUUAUUAAUUAUCUAACACAUCUGAAAAUACAUUCGACGUAGACUUCUUUUGUUAGGAUACUUGCUUUUUAUAUUUUUCGUAUGUAAUGUAAUUUUAUAAGGACAUUUUUUGAUGCAGAAAAGGCUCUUAUUUUCAUAAAUAUGUAAACAUUUGGCUACCAUAAGGUAGCGGUUUCUGGCGAUGGAUUCUUUGUUGUGUAAUAACUUUGACAUCAACGUCUUGUUUAUAAACAAUUAUUAUAACUAAUAAGUACAGUAGAACAUCGGUAGCUUCUCAUGCUGAGAUAAAUACCAUUGAUUGAUGAAUAAAACCGUACAUCGACCGCUAAAUUAUAUUUUUGUAUUAGGUAGUAUAACAGGCUGUGAUAAUUUUUGCAAUUAUGAUACCUAUGUUUGUUAUUGAGAUCUAUUAUUAUAAAAGAAUACAUUUUUUUUGUAUUAUCUCAGCAUAAAGCAAUCUAAGAAACCUGAUAGCUAAUUACAUAAUUGUAUUUAAAGUUUACAUUCUCCUAGCUGUCGGUUUUCUACUGUGCCUGUUACAGGUGCGCCGGUUAGCUGAUACGUGUCACAUGUGUGGGCCGCGAAGUACCUACGUAAUAAUUACAACCAUUCAUUUAUUUGGCUAGUCGUGAUACCGACUUCAUUACAGUACUUUCUAAAGAUCUAGAAUAAUAAUAGUAGUGACAUGCGUGUGCAUAAACUUUUGUGUCUUCCCGGCCCGCGUCGCUAUUACACGUAACGUCUCGGUUAAGCAGUAAGCCUGCAUAUAUUAUUACGCAUUUGUUUGACUAAAAUUAAAAGUAAUUGACAUU